GCUGCAAAUAACCACUGUCUACGAAUGUCAAAUAAUUUUUCAUUAAUUACAAAGCGCCGGCGCGAUUAGUGCAAAUUUCAGUUAAACAUUUAAUUUGUUUAAAUAUUUAUAUGUUUUAAUUUUUAUACUAUGCGCAAAACUUCAAGUGUUUAAGAAUCUAGGCAAGAAUGAGUAUCUUUCAAGGCACAGAAAGCAUACAGGUAAACACAAGUCUUGAUCGCGCAGCAGAGGAGGAGGCUUUGGCAGAUCAAAGACGCCGCGAAGAAGAGUUGGGAAAUUUAUUACAAAAUGCUUUUGAUGAUUUGGAGGAAGAUGAAACCACAGUCGAUUCAACGUCAAACUUUCAUUCGCAUAUGAAUGAUGAACAUACAACGCACGCAAAACAAGUACAUCCACAGGCGCAAAACAAUAAUAUACAUGCAUUGCAUUUACCACCAGCUGCAUUUGAUGCAGAGAUACAUCAAUUAAAUAUGUUACUUGAAUCGCGCACACGCGAGUCGGAACAUUUCAAACAGUUGGCCAGUGAGGAACAAAAGAAACGCGAUGAGCUGCAAAAGCGUUUAUGUAUAACUGAAGCAGAGUUGGAUCGCGCAUUGGCGAAUAAGAACAGUACACAUGAAUUACUUGUGGAGUGCAAAGAGAAGUGUUCCAAUUUAGAAAAUAGUAUUAGUAAAUUACGUAGUGAAAAGAAAUCGCUUGAAAGUGAACAUAACAUUGUGCUGGGCAAAUUGGAAACAACACAAAUGCUUUUGGCUGAUGUGCAGCAAAAAUAUGAUAUGGUAGAGCGGGAUUUGGGCAAAAAUAGUCAGCGCAAUGCGGAAUUGCAAAGAAAACAAAUGGAAGAACGACAUCGCGCCGAAUUGGAUGUUAUGCAACAGCAAAUGGAGCAAUUGGUUGGUAAGUUGGAUAAAAAAACAAGCGAAAUGGAAAGUUUACAUGCGCGGUAUCAAGCUUUGCAAAGCAGUCACGAAAACAUGUUGCUGGAGAAGUCUGGCAAAAUCAAUGACCUGAAUCAUGCAUUAGCUGAAGCGCAAAGAACAUGCGAAGAAUUUAGAGCGCGGCAGGAUUAUCAACAGGAAAAUAUGCGCUUGCAAAAGUUCAUAGCUAGUCUGCAGGAACAAAUUAAAACGAUGGAGAAAACCAUAAAUUCUUUAACUGAGCGUUUGGAGCACACUACAGCUGAGCUGGAUGUGAUGGAUAGUGUGCUGCAUCAACAUAAUCAAGAGGAUACACCUGGCCGUCUGAGCCAAACUCAUGGCAAAGUGGUGGGUAGCACGCCUUUAACUACCAACGAUCGUUUGGGUAACCUUAAAGAUGAACUCUAUCGUGCACUUUCCAAUAUAAAAGGCAAGCGUGAUGAGAUACGUCGUCUACAGCAAAAUCUUGAUGAUAAAACUGCUGAAAUACGUAUGUUGCGCGAAGAAGAAAAUAAAGCGUUAGUACAAAUUUCCACACUUAAAGAGGCAAAUUUGCGACUUGAGAAUCGCCUAAAGCUGCUUGAACAAGAAAAUGAAGAGUUGUGCAAUAAAGCGGCAAACAGACAUAAUACUACCAAGAACAGUGCUGACAUUGAAGCACUGCAACAGCAAAUGAAGGCCGAAAAGCAGGCACUACAGGAACAAUGCGCACGUUUUGAAGCGGAGUGUAAAAGUCAUGAGCAGGAGCGUAAAAAAUUAGAUGUGCAAUUACGUAACGUUGAAGUUGAUUUGGAGGAACUGAAACAGGAGCAUGAAAGCAUGAAAGUUAACUAUGAGCAAAUAAUGAAAGAGAACCAGAAUUUGCGCAGUCGCACAACAGCGGAUAACAUGCGGCUUGAAUUGGAAAAACAUAAAUUCCUGCUGAAGGAUGCGCAGGCCGAAUGUGAUCGCCUAAAGAAUCUCUACAUUGAGAUAUCUAACGCAAAAGAAGCGAUGGGUUAUGAGAUUGAAAAACUACGUCACACAGAUAGCAUUAAAGAAUUGCAAGAACAACGCGAGAAGAUAGCCAAUCUGCAGCGGGCGCUGCAAUUAGCCGAAGUAAAGUCAUCCGAACUGACGAAAAUACUUGAGACUGAGAAAAUGUGCCACGAACGCGAUGUGAAAACGCUGAAGGAUCGUUGGGAGCAAGAGAAGACUACGAAUAACAAAGCAACCAAGGCAGAUAGUUCAAACAAUUGUAGCAAAUGCAUCGAUUAUAUGUCAGAAAUAACGAAGUUCGAAAUACAAAACCUUAAGCUAAGUAACGUCAAUUCUAUUAAUAAAAAAGAAAUAGACGAUCUUACGCAACAAUUGCAAGAUGCGAAAACUAGCAUAGCCGAACUCAACGAAAAAUUGAAGCUCUGCGAACAACAAGAGCAACUCAUACGUGAACUCAAAAAUAAGGCUGCACGAUUCGAGGAGUAUAUCAAAAGUCAUAGCAGUGCAUCGGAACCUAAUAGUGCAACUCCGUCUCCACAGAAAUAUAAAUCCAACGUUGAAAAUACUAAUAACAAACAAGAAUGUAAUCGUCUUCCCGUCACCGAAGUGAAACAAAUUGAAUCGCGCAUACGUGAUGAAAUGGCAAAACUUUUUGCCGGCGAAAUAAAACGCUUCCAAAUAAAACUGCAUCAAACCGAAGAAAAAAAUAUUUGUUUACAACGCGAAUACCAAAUUGUGAGUAAUGAUCUGCAACAGCGCACCACCGAAGUGGAGCUGCUGAAGCAAGCCAUACUCGCAGAGCGUGAACACAUGGAAGAUAUACUGAAGCAGAAGGAUACUGAGGCGCAUGAGAUGAUUGAAAAGCAAACCGCAAUUUUGCAUAAAUGUCGCGAUGAACUGUUGGCCAAAAAUCAGCGUGUCACACAAUUGUCUAAGGAGCUAGAAGAAAGACAGGUACAAAUCGAAGCUGAACGCCAGUCUAUGAAGGCUGUGAUGGCGCAAUGGGAGGACCAACGCAAGCAUGUGGAUGAUAUUGAAUCGGAGUGGAAGGAUAAAGUACAAUCGUUGGAACGGGCACAUGAAAAAGCUUUAGCGGCGUGGCAAAAGAAAUACAAUUCAGCUAAGCAUACAGCGGCGAAUUAUAAGCGCUAUGCGGAGGACAAAGAGGCGCACAUGUUAAGCGAAUACGAACGCCUUAAAACAGAGUAUAAUGCAUCACUGACCAAGAUUGAAAUACGCAUGAAAGAAGCAUUGGAAAAAAAGAAUCGUGAGAUGAAAGACGCUACUGCUGCAAUUGAGAAGCGGCAUGAAUUAGGCUAUGACAAAGAAAACAGAAAGAGGAAUGAAAAGAAUUGACAACGAUACGUAUAGCAUACAUAUACAUAUAUC